GUUAGCGCUGGCCGCUAUGGCGGGCCGCGACUGUACGCUUCGACGCUACAGGAGGCCAGCCGGCUUUAGUCUCUCAGUUAGUAGCAGUACGCACGACGCAACACACGACCAUGGCCGAUAUCUCCAAAGACGAGCUGAGGAAGGAAAUCACCGCCAUCCUGAAGGAUGCCGACCUCACGACAAUGUCCGCCAAAAAAGUCAGGCAACAGAUCGAGGAGAAACUCGAUGUCGACUUAACCGACAGAAAGAAGGAGGUCGACGAUUUGGUGAUGGAGUGUCUUCAAGAAAAACAGGACAGUGGAAAAAAAAAUAAGAAGGGCAAGGCCGCCAGUGAAGAGUCAGAAGAAGGCGAAGAGGAAGAGGAAGAAGGUUCAGAAGAAGAGGAGGAGGAGGAGGAGAAGAAACCUGCGAAACGUACUCCAGCUAAGAAAACUGUUACCAAACGUAAGAAGGGAUCUUCAGAUGAUGAGGAAAGCGCCAGCGACGACGACGCAAGCGACGAAGAAUACAGCCCUAAAAAACCCAAGCCUACCCCCAAGAAAGGUAUCACAGGCAAACCAGGCAAGAAGGGAAAGAAGAAGGGAUCUGACAGCGACAGUGAUGAAGACUGGGGAAAGAGUAAGAAGGCUGCAGGAGGUGCCAAGAAGGGAGCUGGGAAAGGUAAGGGUGGUGGUUACACACGUGCCGUUACACUUUCCCCAGAGUUGGCCUCUGUUGUCGGAGCUGAGCAAAUGGCGCGGCACGAGGUGGUGAAGAAAGUAUGGAGUAUCAUAAAAGAGAGAAACCUUUAUGAUCCCAAGAACAAGCAGUUCGCGAUCUGUGACGAGGAACUGCUGAAGGUUAUCGGGGUUAAGCGCUUUAGGACCUUCGGUAUGAUGAAGUACCUCAAAAAUCACUUCGUAGACUAAGUGCUCCAGCUGUUCAAACUCUGAAGGUUAUUAAUUCCACAUAACAAACACACAUGAUUAUCUCAUGUAAUUCUUCAUCAUCCCGGUCAUAACUACACGCCCCACACGUGACACCGAACAUCGUUUUAAAGUGUCGAAACACCAGACCCUCCUUACCACCAUAAACUAUUGAUUCCGUCAAGAACCCGCAAAGCUUUUCGUGGUAAACUAUUUCAUCUGCAGUGGUUUAUGGGCAUUACUCGUGAAAAAAAAAAAAAAAAAACAUAUAUUUAAACAGAGUCAAUUUCUCUAAUUGAGAACUUCAACUCAAGCAAGAAUUUGUAUGAAUUUUUCACUCAAUCAUGUUGAUAUAUAUUUAAUUUUCUAUUGAACUUCAUUCUCUUGCUGCCACAGAAUCACUUAUGCAAUAUUUAGUUAUGAAUUUUAGAGAUUAUCUAUAACUUUGCUGUGGUUUCUUGUCAAGGGGUACGUGAACGAUCGAAAGUAUGUCUGCGUUCACUGCAGUAGUCAGUAAGCAGUUUUUACAUUGCAUCAUAUUCCGAGUCAAGAUCUUUACAAGUAUACAUUCAAUGGUUGCCUUUUUCUUCUUCCGGUAACUCUUAUACAUGUUCAAUUUCAUGAAUUUUUAUUUCAUUUUCCCACUCAGUAAUAUUAACAAGAGAAGAAUUAUACAAUAUUAUACAUUAUUUAAUACCGUAGAAUGGGAAAAUAUCUAAUUUGCGGACUUCGAAUCAGGUUUCUUUUCUCUCUUUUUCGGGAUAUGCUAUUAUUCACUCACGAGAGCUCUGCAUUGAAGAAGCAUUAGAUGUACAAUCAUGUAGAAAUUGAUUAAUUGACAAAUAGAAAAUUUAUUCAUCUAGGGAAAAGAUACCUUUAAUCAGUGUGUAAAUGUAAUUUAGUUGUUGACAAUUUGAAUUUGAUAAUACAGUAUAAACUGCAUUCAAAAAGUGAGAAGAAAAACAAUACAAGGAAGUUUUUUAUAUUUUGACAUUGAUGAGUCUUCAAGGUAGGAUAGGUUGUUCCGAGGAAAAUUAAUGAAAUUGAAAAACUAUACAAAAGGGGAAAAAAUGAAAAUCGACAUUCUGUACUUCUUCUGUAUAAUAGGAAUAUUAUACAUUGAAAGAAUAUUAAUUAUAACUAUAUAUUAAUGUGUAAUUACUAAUUAAUUAUUAUCGUCGUAAUGUAGGUUUUUUGGUGUAAAAAAUUGACCUUUAACGUAUAAGAUUCAAUGGAAUGCUAAAACUGAUGAUGAUUCAUGAUUUACAUAUACGAAAAAACAAGUUUUAAGUCAAAAUGUGUGACGCGAUAAGAGAAAGAAAAAAAAUGUUGCUGCACGGCAUUUGAGUAGGAAUAAAUAAAUAUAUAAAAAGAAAAAAAUAGGAUUAUGAGUUGAAGUAUGUACGUUCUAAUUAUGAAGUCAUUCGUAUAGUUGCCUGGCUGUACCUCACUAAGUACAGAACCAUCCGUGUAUUUUGAACAUAAAUUGUGUAAUUUUACGCUGGCCUAAAUCAUGAUACUACCAAAAGCAAGGAGAACAAAAUCAGCUUGCUAACUAGGCCGGCAAAUAACGAAAGCGCUAAUACGGAAAAUAUAAGAUAAGAUAAGAAUGAGAAGAAAAAAAAACGAAAAAAAUGAUUUAAAAAAACAA